CUGUGAUUGGCCAGCGGGUCUGCGCGGUGUGCUGUGAUUGGCUAAUGGGCUCGGCGAUGCUCCCGCCUUCCCUCCCUCCCCGAGCGACAGGCCCCGGCUGCGCCCGGCCGGAGUUUGGAGGAGGGUCGGGACCGGCUCUGUGGGGAGGCGGACGGGAUCUCUCCUGUGGGUGACUGAAACUCCCUGCUGUCUGGCCACUCCUCCCUCAUGCCGCUUGGACUAGGCCGCCGGAAGAAGGCCCCUCCGCUGGUGGAGAAUGAGGAGGCUGAACCCAUUCGUGGCAGCUUGGGUGGGGUGGAGGUGGGCAGUGGUGGCAGUGUGGCAGCCCUGCAGCCCGGCCUGCCACCGCCUCCUGCCAGCCUCCGCCCUCGACUGGUGUUCCACACUCAGCUGGCCCAUGGCAGCCCCACUGGCAGGAUCGAGGGCUUCACCAAUGUCAAGGAGCUGUACAGCAAAAUUGCAGAGGCUUUCAAGAUCCCACCAGCUGAGGUGAUGUUCUGCACCUUAAACACCCACAAAGUGGACAUGGACAAGCUGUUGGGUGGCCAGAUCGGUCUGGAGGACUUCAUCUUUGCACACACGAAGGGCCAGAGGAAGGAGGUGGAGGUCUUCAAGUCCGAGGAGGCCCUGGGCCUGACCAUCACUGACAAUGGAGCCGGCUAUGCGUUCAUUAAGAGGAUCAAGGAAGGGAGCGUCAUAGAUCGGAUCCAGGUCAUCAAUGUGGGCGACAUGAUCGAGUCCAUCAACGGACAGAGCCUCGUCGGCUGCCGGCACUACGAGGUUGCCAAGAUGCUCAAGGACCUGCCCAAAGGCCGCACCUUCACGCUGAAGCUUACAGAGCCCCGGAAGGCAUUCGAUAUGAUCAGCCAGCGGGCUGCAGGGGGCAAGCACAACAGUAGCUCCCAGCUGGGCACUGGCAGAGGGACCCUGCGGCUGCGGGCCAAGGGGCCUGCCACCGUGGAGGAGCAGCUGUCUGCGUUUGAGGAGAGGGCCAUUGAGAAGGUGGACGAUCUGCUGGAGAGCUACAUGGGCAUCCGCGACACAGAGCUAGCUGCCACCAUGGUAGAGCUGGGGAAGGACAAGCAGAACCCCGACGAGUUCGCUGAGGCGCUGGAUGAGCGGCUGGGUGACUUUGCCUUCCCCGACGAGUUCGUCUUUGACGUGUGGGGCGCCAUCGGGGAUGCCAAGGUUGGGCGCUACUAGGACUCUGCUGUGCCCACACUGGAUCUGCUGUGCCCUUGGGCUGGGCGAGGGAGUGCUGGGCCGCUGCCUUCAUGUGGACCAGGGGGUAGGGGAUACACCACGGGCCCGGCUCCAGCACCGCUCUGGCAAACACUCCAGCUCUGGCUCCUCACCCCUCCCCUCCACCCGGGGCUGUGUGUGCACCUCACUGUAGGCAGCCCUUCCUGGGGCCGUGCGGGAGUCGGGCUCAAAGCCUCACUCUUCUCCUCUCCUCCCCUCCCCCCCCCCAGUGCUAGUGUUGGCAGAGGGGACAGCUGCUGGGCGUUAGGGAGCAAGAAGCUGAGCCAUUGUGUGCCCCUGGGGAAGGCUGCAGGGAUGGACAGGCCCUUGGGGGUGCUCCCUCCCUGGUCCUGGGGGGCAGCAGGGGAGUGAGGGGGCCCCUUUUCUCUUCUGGGUGCUGGUCAGGAGAUGGACAGGAUUCCCAGCUCCUGCACUGCUCCCUGGGGUGGAGCAGGGUGUGUGUCCUGGCAGGUGCAGGGCCUGGCACCCCUAUCCCCUCUUCAGUCAGCAGGGUAACCUGGCCACUGCCAGGGAGUCCCUUGGCGCAGCAUCCCGCCGGGGCAAUAACCCCGGUGCCUUUAAACUAACCCAGCUGCCUGUGUUCCAUGUGUGGGUGUUUGCGAGCAGAGUGCCGCCCCCCGCCCGCCCCCCACCUAUAUGGUACACCCACCCCACUGCCUGUCAGCACUGAUCUAACCACUAACGGGAGCGAGGCUGCUCCGGGCAGGCUGCGGAUGGCAGAGUGCCCGCACCAGCCUGCCCACUCCUCCCCGAGGGCAUUCUCAGCUCACUCCAGCUCCCUGCCCUGCUGCUCUGUUGGUACUGUGCUGCCCUAUCCCUUCACGUGCUUUAAUCCUUCCUCCUCCCCAGGCUGGCGGGGGCAGGCAGCAUGGGGGGGCUGCGGACCGGCUCCUCGGGUGGUUCUGCAGCCCCGAGCAAGGUUGAGAUCCCUAGUUCCCCUCAAAGGCAGUGUGAGACUGGGAGCUGCUGUUAACUUGAGGGGGGGUGGCUAGCUCCCAUCCCCUCCUCCUGCUCCCCUGUUACCCUCCCUGCCCCACUCAGGGGAAAGGAAUCAACAGCCUGCAGUGCCCCCUGCUGGCAGAGACCUGGCUGGGGUAGCUGGGAGCUCCCGCCCCCUCUGGCAGAAGCUGUCUGGUGUGUUCAGGCUCUGUCCCAGCUGAGCCCCAUCACCCUGAGACCCACUCCUCUGUUUACCUGCUGCCGGAAAGGCUUCUUUGUGGGGCAGUGGGGCCAUGCCCCACCUACCAUAGUAGAAUAGCCCCAGGAUCGGUCCUGCUUCUUGGGACUGCUCCCCCCCCCUUUAGGGAGGGUGGGCUGGGGGGAAGGUCCCCCCUCCAGCUACAGCCCCACCUGGUGCAGCAGCAUUCUUCGGGAGCCGCUCAGGAAUGACUGGGCAUCUCUUGUCAUGCAUCUGUUCCUGAGGCUGGAGCCCUGCGCUCCCCUAGCUGUAUGGUUCACAUCCCACAUUCAAAGCAGCUGGUCUCUGCUGGCUUGCGGGCAGCGGGUGAGUGUGACGGGGCGUGUCCCUUAGCUCUCAGACAGCCAGGCAGCGCCCACCCCCUACUGCUGCCCCUGGAGCAUCGCUGCCCUGGGGGGUGGUCAGAGGGUUAAAUCCACCUGCUAAAAACCACACUGAGCAAUCAGGCCAGGCAACAGCCCUGUGCCAGUCAGGGGCCUGUUCUAUUCACAGCCCCCCAGCCCACCUUUCCUUCCCACGCAUCUACCCUCCUCUCCAUUCUCGGGGGGGGGGGGGGGGGAGAGUUUGAAUUGUCUCCCCACCGGAGCAGGUGCACCAGACCCUUCAGGUUGUAUACACCACUGGGUCUUGUGGUGGGUUUCCCAGCUGAUCUAGGCUCGCUCCUCUGGCUCAGCCAGGGUCCCUUGCCUGCUUCAUGCUGCUCUGACUUCCUGUGUAAAGAGAUUAUCCCUGCCCCCCUAUUCGGGGAUGCCCUCCUCCCUCUUUCCCUCCAUGGCUCCAGCAUUGGCCCUAGUGUCCCAUCUGUAACCUAGGCAGGUGGGUUAAUGAUCUCUCCUAGCGUUUACACUCUGUGAUGAUUAAUUGCCCCCGGAGCCCAUUGUGGGGUUUCGCUCACCACUCUGAGCCUGUCAUAACACUGUCCUUCCCAAUCCCCUCCGCAGUGCCCCAUGUGUGGAUGCGCCUAACACGUCCCUCUCACACCUUACUCUGAGUGAAUCCCCCACUGCACCCAUUGGGGUGGGGUGAGCUGACACACACAAUGCUGAAUGGCUGGGGUCCCCUUGGGCUGGCUUGGAGUUUUUCAAGAUCCUUCUCUAAAAGAAGCCCCACGGUUGAGUGGCUGGAUCAGGACUCCUGGAUUCUAUCUCUGGCUCUGGGAGGUGGGGGGGCCCCUACGGAUUAGACCAGGGGCGUUUGAGCCCAGGACUCCUGGUUCUGUUCUCAGCCCUGCCUCCACUUCUCACCCUUGGGCAUGUCCCUCCUCUCUCUGUCUUGUCUUAUCCAUUCACUCUGGAUCGGACUGACCUACCUCGCAGGGCGGGUGUGAGGACACGCAAUGUUUGUAAAACUCUACGUGCUGCAAUAUUUAUAUCCCGUCCUGCCCCGUUCCCGGGCUGCAGGCUGGGAGCCCCAGAAUUGCUCCCUGCCCCCCAGCUUCUUCAGUCACUCUCCAGCCCUCAGGCACCUACUGUAUCCAUGACACUAAGCCCAGCACUGGUGCUUGGGCCUGGGCCCCGGCUCAGAGGGGAGUGGGCAAAGCACGGGACUUGGAGAGGGUGGUUCCAUUGCAAGGGGCUCCAGGCCCCCAGGGUGGGGAGUGACCCCCUGCUGAGCAGGACAUGGUCAGGGUCUGGAGUCCCAGAGAGCAAGGCCCCUGUCCCCCCACUCAUGCUGUGAUGGAAGUGAGCUGUGACCCCUCUGCUGAACCCCAGUCCCUUGGGAGCUGCUGACAAGGGGCAGACCCCCCCUCCUCCCAGGGCCUAUUUUUGUAUUUUACCUGUAAAGCAUCUUUAACAUAAAAAUAUAUCGACUCUA